AUCAUCCGCCAUCCACACCGUGAGGUGUACUUGCAGAUGGCUCGUCAAACCAGUAAACAAAAGUCUGCUCGCUACAGGCAGCGAAUCAAUGCAGAUCCUGUAGCAAGAGCUGAGUAUCUUGCCAGGAAAAAAGAAAGCUACCAGAGAAGAAAGCAAAAGGGAAACAUUAAAUCCAUUAAGUCCGAUGAACUAUCAAAGAUAAAGAGGAAGAAGCAGAAAGACUCGUGGAAGGCUUCAUCAAAAGGUUACAGGGAGAGGAAAAAAAUUGAACAGCUGAUUCUGAAAAUGACACCACCAUCCUUAGAAAACACUCCUCCAUGCCCUUGGUACGAACCAAUAACUGUAGACCCGACAGCCACUGUACGCCAAGCUGAGAAACCUGAGCCACCUGGGGAACAAGAAGAUGUUCUAACUGAGAACCCUGCAAGCUCUCCACCUGAGCCACCUCGCCAACAAGAAAGUGUCCGAGAUCUAUGUGGAAGAUUUGUGAUAGUUACCUACGAUGAGCUGCCAUAUGUAGGCCAGGUCCUGAAAGUUGUGGAUGAGGAACUGCAGAUCAGCUGUAUGCAACAGUCUGAUGACAAGAACUUGUUCUUGUGGCCAAAAACUCCGGACGUUACUUUCUACCUUAGGAAAGAUGUUCACAGUGUCAUUUCAGAGCCUACGCGAGCUACCUCACGCUUCUCAAAGUUGAUCUGCCAAGACUGGGUAACAUUCAGAAAUUUCUGGGGUUAAAGAAAUGCCUCCAGAUUAAGCCUACAAUGUGCCUAGAGUUUGGAAAAUGCUAAUGUUAUGUUCAAGUGUUAAAUAAAAUAGUAAAGAAAAUGCAAUUUGUUAUGUUGAAGUGUUUAAUGAAAUAGUAUGGAAAAUGCUGAUGUUGAAGUGUUUAAUGAAAUGAAAAAGCAAAAUGCUGAUGUUAUGAUAUUUGUGUCAAAUGAAAUACCGGUAGUAAGGAAAAUGCUGAUGUUAUGUUCAAGUGUUUAAUGAAAUAGUAUGGAAAAUGUUAAUGUUAUGAUGUUUGUGUCAAAUUACAUAGUUAUGCUGAUUCUUUAAUAACAUUUCUUUGAAUUUGUCUCAACUCUUAACUGUCUGCUGUUUCUCAUCAUUUGGGGCGACCACCUGUCAUGUGGGGUAACCGACAAAUGGCCAUUCUGUACCAAAUUCCAAAUUUAAUGUCUAUCAGUUUUGGUUCAAAUAUAAAUCAUUGGUAUAGCAUGCAUAAGUGGAUACUACUUGUACACAUUUUAAAUCAGUUUUAUGAAUUUUAGAGUAAAAAAAUUAUAUGUAAUGGCUUUAUCAGGGUGACACUGCCAUUAUAGAUAAAAUGUAUUUAAAAAUGGUUUUCAAAAAAUGAAAGGACACAUGAGUAUCUUUCUUGAACAGUUAAUUUAAUUACUGAUACUUAUUAAAAUAUAAAUUUUGUUAAGGAAAUUAUUAAUUUUGAGAAUAUUACGGUCGCCCCAAAAGACUUUUUUAAGGUUGUUGCCCUAACCCUGCAUUCACACAUUCAUUCAUACACACAUUAAAAACACUAAAAUACCUUUGUUUGAAGUUUUCACAUACAUGUAUGUGCACACUACAUUCCAAAUGUUUGGAAAAUGGCCAAAUGUAUCUUUAUUUAAAAAAUGGGCCACUCAAAGGCCUUAUAUGUAAUAUAU